AUGCACUUACAUCAAGAAACUGGAGAAAAAAAUGAAUGCAGUUUGACAAAACUUCGGCGUGUCAGAUGUGGAUGCAUAAUCAGAGCUAAAGCUCCAAGUCUCUUCUAAAGAAGGAUGCCCCAAGAUAUCCCACUUGUCUUGACAUCAAGAAGGAUUUUGGAAUCAUCGCCUCUACUGAACAGUGGAAGAAAUGUAACAGAUGCCACACUGGAGAUGCUUCAGAGCUCCGUGUUCAGUUUCAUCUUGCCUAUCAUCUUCUCCAUUAUCUUCACCAUCAGCAUUCCUCUCAAUUCCAUCUCCUUGUGGUUCCUUUGCCGGCACUCAAGACCUUGGACACCCACCAUAGUGUUCUGCAUUAAUCUCACCAUUGCUGACUUGUUGUACAGCAUGCUCCUCCCAUUUCAAAUCAUUUACCAUUUCAAGGAUAACACUUGGCCCUUUGGUGAGGUUCUGUGCCGCAUAGUCACUGUUUUGUCUUUUGGAAACAUGCACUGUUCUAUUUUAACCAUGAUGAGCAUCAGCAUAGAGCGCUAUCUGGGGAUUGUUCAUCCUUUGCGCUACAAGGUCAUAAGACCCAUUAGAACAUCUGUCCUGACUUGCAUAGUCAUUUGGGCACUUGUCUUACUGCCACUCCUCCCACUCAUGCAAAAUAAUCUGACCAUUCGCUUACGAGCUCUGCCAAUGGUCACCUGUUUUGACGUUUUGCCAAAAGAAAUGUUUACAGAACUGACAGACUUCAUCAUUUACUUUGGCUCUCUACUGCUGCUGUUCUUUUUUCUACCUCUGCUUGUCAUGGGCUUUUGUUACAUCUCCAUCAUUAUAACACUUCUUCAUUCCUCUUCAACACAACUCACAGAAAGUAAGAAGCAGACAGUCUAUCUGAUAAUUGUGUUGCUGUUUGUGGUCACUAUUUGUUACCUGCCUCACAUUGCCAUGUCUGUCACUCAUUAUGUCCUCCUUUACCAAAAUGCUACAUUUUAUGUGGGAUAUAAAGUAUCACUUGCACUUGCUGGCUUUAACUGCUGUUUUGAUCCAUUAGUUUACUACUUUGGCUCUAAAGAGUUCCGACGAAAGACACAGAGGAAGCUCUGCAGAUGUGCAGUUGUUGGUUUUAGUGAAAAUACCCCUAUUUUUUCAGAAUAUGAUAUGCAUGUGACACCCAUACAACAGGCACCAAAGAUAUGAGCCACAUUGCUCUGGAAAUAUAACAAACUUUAUCAUUUCACUGACUUGUUAUGAACAAAAUUAUUAGGAGCUAUUUUCAGAACUUCAACAGCAAUUUGUACUGCAAAGUUUAUCAAGUGGACAAUGAACAUCAUCCAUGAUAUUAUAUUCAUAAAGUAAAGGCAACUGAUGUUAAAGUUCCAUUGGACUGAUGCCAUUGAUGGACUCCUGUUUGAUAUUGUAUUUCAGUAGUUCUUAAAUUCGUGGUAAUGAUGGACCUCUUUGAGAAUCUGGUUGAAGCUAUGGUCUUUCUCCUCCCCUCCCCCCAUGAAAAAUGUACAUAAAAAUGCAUAUACAAUUUUGCAUGGUCUCAUCUGAAGAAUUUCAAUGAAUAUUUGCCAAUAUGAUUUUUUUAAAACCUUAAAAUUCAGCAUAAUGGGGAGAAACACAUCCAUGGAUCCCUAUGUUUAUGGAUGGGCUUUCCUCUCUCUGGCAUGGGACCUAUGAGGAGUCCAUGGACUCACGAAGAUUAAAAAUGUCCUAGUGUUGCUAUUUCUUCAGGAUGUAGCACAUAUGAAAGUAUUUUGAUCAGGGGGGAAAUAAAUCAUUUUUGAUUGUACUAAACUGAAAAACAAAAUAAUCAAAGAAAAUAUUUGUUCUACUGUGUAAAGCAUGUCUGAAAUGAAGGUUGCCAACUUUUAUAUAGCAGGUGCCAUUUUUAAGGUCCACAGUCAUAUAGUUCUAAUAAAGCAAUACAUGUUGUUUCUUUGUUAUGAUAUUAAGUAAAAUCAGUUCAAUAUUAUUUUACUGCCUAUAGAAUGUUCUAGGGAUAGCAGUAAGAGCUCAGAACCAGCUUACAUGCCAGUUUCAAUUAACAAUUGGCAGUUGUAUAGAGAUGGAAAAAAUACUCAAAAAUAUUUUUAAAUGGUCG